AGCGGUGUCUCGGCCACACAAGAAAUAGUUUCAAGCUUUACUUAUAAUGGUGUGGAGAUCCCUUUUUUUUAAAUAAACAUAAUUCGUGAAACGGCUUCUUGGAUUUUCCUUGGAAUAUAACAAGAUCAGCGGAUCUUUAGGAGAUUAUCUUCUGCCGGGAGUUAUGAUACAAAGGAACCUUUUGUGGAUUCAAGUCAUACUGACAUUAUGCACCACUUUACAUGCUCAAGAUGACAAUGAAGACUUGAAAUUUGAUCUUUUUGAAGUCAGCAACAUAACCAAAAGAACGCUGGGAGUAAAAUCUCAUUACGGUCCCAUUCCUAAUGCACCUGCUUAUCGUUUUGUCCGAUUUGACCAUAUACCUCCCGUUUCCAGUACUAUUCUACAAAGAAUUUUGACAUUAAUGAAAAGUAAUGAGGGUUUUAUCUUCACAGCAAAUCUGCUACAAGACCAUGGUACCAGAGGGACUCUCCUUGCAAUGGAGGGGCCUGCCGUCUCACAGAGGCAGUUUGAAAUUGUUUCCAAUGGCCGGGCUAACACAUUGGAUCUGGUUUACUGGGUGGAUGACUCCCAGAAUGUCAUUUCCUUUGAGGAUGUUGACCUUUUGGGCUCAGAAUGGAAAAAUAUUACACUUCAUGUGGUGGAAAGAACUGUCACUCUCUACAUUGGCUGUGAAACUUUUGAAGAUGUAACACUGGAUGAGCCUUUUUAUGAACACCUACAAGCAGACAACAGCAGGCUGUAUAUAGCCAAAGGGGCAAUGAGAGGAAACCAUUUCAGGGGACUGCUGCAAAAUGUGCGUUUAAUUUUUGAUGCUACAAUUGAAGAAGUUCUCCAAAGCAAUGGAUGUAGUCUUGGUAAUCAAGCAGAUAUAAAUUCGAUAACAGAGACUGAAGAAAUUCUCAGCAGCAAUCCUAUGAUCACACUAACAGACUAUCCUGGAGCAAAAUCUAAUAAGGUAGAAUUCUGUGAUCGAUCUUGCGAGGAACUGGGGGCUAUGUUUAAAGAGAUGAAUGCCUUGAAGACACAGAUUUCCAAACUUGAAAAAGACUUGCGGCAAGUGAGUAUUGACAACAAUGAUCUUAAGGAAUUUAUUGGACAACACGGUACCAAUACCGGCGCAAAAAAAUGUUGGAAGGACGGACGACUGUUUGAAGAGAAUGAGAAAUGGAUUGUAGAUACUUGUACAACAUGUAUGUGCAAGGAUUCUCUUGUUCACUGCAAACAGAUUAGCUGUCCAGCUCUAACCUGCUCCUUUCCAACAUUUAUUGAUGGUGAAUGCUGCCCAUCCUGUCUGCCUAGUGACAAGGAGGAUGACUGGUCACCGUGGUCAGAAUGGACGGAAUGCUCAGUUUCAUGUGGAACUGGAACUCAACAGCGUGGGAGGUCAUGUGAUGUUACCAACAACCUCUGUGAAGGCUCAUCUAUCCAAACCAGAGCAUGCAGUCUUGGGAAAUGUGACAAUCGCAUUCGUCAGGAUGGUGGUUGGAGCCAUUGGUCUCCCUAUUCCUCUUGUUCAAUUACCUGUGGAGAAGGUAUCAUUACUCGCAUCCGUCUCUGUAACUCCCCAAUCCCACAACUCGGAGGCAAAGACUGUGCUGGCAGUGGGCGUGAAACAAAAGGCUGCAAGGCUAUUGAAUGUCCAAUUGAUGGACAGUGGGGCCCGUGGUCACCAUGGUCCACAUGUAGUGACACAUGUGGAGGUGGGUUGCGUGAACGAUCUCGAAUAUGCAAUAGUCCUGAACCACAGUUUGGAGGCAAGCCAUGUCUGGGAGAUGCCACAGUAAAUGAAAGAUGCAACACACAGAGUUGCCCCAUUGAUGGAUGUCUGUCCAACCCUUGUUUUGCUGGGGUACAGUGUAUCAGCUCUUCUGAUGGAUCAUGGGCGUGUGGAUCUUGCCCUGCUGGUUACCAAGGCAAUGGCACAUUCUGUGAGGACCUAAAUGAGUGUGAAAUUGUGCCUGACGUUUGCUUCAAAGUUUCUGGAGUCCAGCGUUGCAUCAACACAGAUCCAGGCUUCCACUGUCUGCCAUGUCCCCGUCGAUAUAAAGGAACUCAGCCCUAUGGUUUGGGAUUAGAGGUGGCCAAAAAAGAAAAGCAAGUUUGUGAACCUGAGAACCCGUGCAAGGAUAGGACACACAACUGCCACAAGUUUGCCCGCUGCAUCUAUCUGGGCCACUUCAGUGACCCCAUGUUUAAGUGUGAGUGUAAGAUUGGAUAUGCAGGUGAUGGAAUAAUCUGUGGUGAGGACUCAGACUUGGAUGGCUGGCCUAACAACAAUCUAGUAUGUGCUGAAAAUGCAACCUAUCAUUGUACUAAGGAUAACUGUCCUCUGCUGCCUAACUCUGGACAAGAAGACUUUGAUAAAGAUGGAGAAGGUGAUGCCUGUGACAAAGAUGAUGACAAUGACAACAUUAAUGAUGAAAGGGAUAACUGUCCAUUGCUUUACAACCCACACCAGUACGACUAUGACAAAGAUGAAGUAGGAGACCAGUGUGACAACUGUCCUUUUGUGAACAAUCCUGCGCAGAUUGAUACAGACAAUAAUGGGGAAGGAGAUGCGUGUGCUGUUGAUAUUGAUGGGGAUGGAAUUCUUAAUGAGCAAGACAACUGUCCAUAUGUAUAUAAUACUGACCAGAAAGACACAGACAUGGAUGGUGCGGGUGACCAGUGUGAUAACUGUCCAUUACUACAUAAUCCAGACCAGACAGAUACAGAUAAUGACCUAGUUGGGGACAAAUGUGACAAUAAUGAGGACAUUGACGAAGAUGGUCAUCAAAACAACUUGGACAACUGCCCCUACAUUCCCAAUGCAAACCAAGCUGACCAUGACAAGGAUGGCAAAGGAGAUGCCUGCGACUGGGAUGAUGACAAUGAUGGUAUCCCCGAUGACAGAGACAACUGUCGCUUGGUGCCCAAUGAUGACCAGCUGGAUUCAGAUGGUGAUGGACGUGGAGAUGCUUGCAAAGAUGACUUUGACAAUGACAACAUCCCUGAUAUAUUUGAUAACUGCCCUGAGAAUAAUGCUAUCAGUGUGACUGACUUCAGGAAAUUACAGAUGGUCCACCUGGAUCCUACAGGAACAACUCAGAUUGAUCCCAACUGGGUGAUCCGUCAUCAGGGAAAAGAACUGGUUCAGACUGCUAAUUCUGAUCCUGGAUUAGCUGUUGGUUAUGAUGAAUUCAGCUCUGUGGACUUCAGUGGAACUUUCUAUGUCAACACAGACCGUGAUGAUGACUAUGCUGGUUUUGUGUUUGGCUAUCAGUCCAGCAGUCGAUUUUAUGUCGUUAUGUGGAAACAAAUCAGUCAGACAUACUGGGAGGAGAGACCUUCAAAAGCAUAUGGUUCCUCUGGAGUGUCUUUAAAAGUGGUUAAUUCAACAACAGGUUCUGGUGAACAUCUAAGAAAUGCCCUAUGGCACACAGGCAACACAGGUGGUCAGGUUCGUACUCUCUGGCAUGACCCAAAGAAUAUUGGCUGGAAAGAUUUUACUGCAUACAGGUGGCACCUGAUUCAUAGGCCUAAAACUGGUUUCAUUAGAGUUGUAGUAUAUGAAGGGAAGCAAAUCAUGGCUGAUUCCGGUCCUGUCUAUGAUAAGACAUAUGCUGGUGGACGGUUAGGUCUAUUUGUUUUCUCUCAAGAGAUGGUCUUCUUCUCAGAUCUGAAAUAUGAAUGUAGAGAUAUCUGAACUAUGGUUGCUGCAGAGGUAGCAAUGUACUGUACAGACUGUGCAACCUAGUCACCUCAGAACAUCCUGGUACACCAACCACCAUCUUUGUUAUUACUCCACCUGCGGUCUGCUUCAUCUUCAGAGUAGCUGUUCAACUUUCUGCUGCCAGGAGUGGCUCAACCAGUUUUGUGCAGGAGCACAUCUUGAGAAAAAUGGGCUACAGGACCCUACACUAUGCAAGGACCCAACCUGCCAGUGAAGCAGAAGUGGACCACGUAGCAAUAUUUCUAGGCAAUGCAUUUACUUAUUCAGCACCCUAUCUGCUUUUAAAGACAAUUUAUUGUACUAUAUGAAGUGUUCUGAUUUUGUAAGAAGGUACAGUUUGAUAGUACUUAACUUAGUCCACACUUUUGUAAACAAAGUGAGUAAGAACAGUAUUUUAACCGCUGUGAUAUGGUGGCCAGCCAAUUUAUUUCAACCAGAGCCCAAUUUCUAUAUCUCAUUGUGUUCAUUCCCAAGUCCUAAUGCAAAAAUGCCCUGAUGAUAAAACAAAAUAAAACAGUAUGUGAUGCCAAAAAAACUAUGAAUUAAACAAAGAUAAUUUAAAGUUUUCACAGAAGUACUCAAAGAUAUAAAAAAAUGAAAGUCGAGAGAAACCAUCUGAAGCAAGCAUAUGUCUCAGUUUUCAAAGGUUUAUAGAUGUAAGAAAAGAAGCCAUAAUUAAGAAGAACUAAAAUGCAUCAAUCUUAUAUCAGUCUGAGGUAUAACUUGCCCUGCAGACAUGCUACAUAAUUAGAUUAGCAUUCAGUCAAAUAUUGGUGAAAAAAUUUGAAAACCUUGAUUGGGUAAAAAAUAGCCUAUCAUUAUUUCAGUAAUAUCCAGGGAAAAUAAAAUGUGUCACAAUUUAGAGAUUAUGUUGCCUUGCUUUCAAUUAUAAAAUAAUCAAAAAUAAUCUAAAAAAUCUACAAUUCUUUUCUGGACUAGAUUUUUAUUUACUAAAUGAGCUUUCUAAAAAAAACAGCUAUAGGAUGCCAUUAAAAAAAUAAUAAUAAUAAACAUGCUGUACUUCUUCCUUGUCAGCAAGGGAAAUCCUGUGUUAAUAGUUUGUUUUACCAUGGAAAGCAUUGUACCUUUUAUGUUUUUUAAAUGCAGAAUAUUCACCAUAAUUCAUAAACUUUUGCAGGGAUUUCUGGAUUAUUACUUUUCAUAAUUAGCCAACAUAUUGUGUGUCCUUUGUUCUUUAAUGUAUUAUUUGUAGUUCCAUCUCUAGUGCUUCAGUUUAUCCAAUCAGGGAAAACUUACAAUAUGUAGCAUUUUAAACUCCAUUCUAGGAGCACUGUUCUGUAGAGAGAAAGGUUUACAAUGCUCAGAAGUGCCAUUUAUUCUUCUUGUGUGCAAGAAAGGCUUUUCCACUGUUCUGCCUGUCACAGUAACACUUAAUAAAUACUAGUAGCUUGUACUUCUGCUGGCAUAGACUUUACUAUGUUCAGUUUAGAGAAUGCUGGAGCCCAUACCCCUAUUAGAGUUGCACAUUACUGCUGUAUGUUCAUACACAACUGGUCAUCUGUCAUCAGAGAUUUAAUUAAGGCAGCAUUUAUUCACAGCGACCAUAUACUUAGCUCAUCUGUUUCAUGGCAUGUACAUUCUGCAGUCUUGUACUCUAGAUUCUACAGCAACAUUUCUCACUGAAAUAUUCUCUGCUACAAAAAACAUAAGUCACGACAGCUGGCAGUCUCCACUCAGUCCAUGUUAUUGUAUAUUAUUCAGAUGCACUUCAAGAAAAAAUUAGAACUUCAGCCCCUCAAAAAAGAAAAAAAAAACCUUCAACAAUAGUCUAGCUUUUGAUAAACUUUCAUAUAUUUAAGUCAUACUGACUAACAAAAAGCCACUGACAUUUUUUUGUUUUUUUUUAGUCUCAGAUUUUCAUUUAAUAGCGCAUUCUUUUUAUAUACCCUCAUUUAAAUUCCCAAAUACCCAACAGCCACAGAGGUUAGCUGUAUUUUAUUUUUAAAUUUCCAAGUUUGCAUUCAAACUAGAUAUGUCAUAACAGUACUCUACUCCCAAGAGGAAAUGCUUAUAAUAUACAAAAUGAAUUACUGCCUUUCAACUUUGGCCAUUAAAGUAAGGACUCAGAAUAUCACAUAACUGCACUUAACUUAUAAAGAAGGAUGAUAUCAAUACUAAACUGAUGUAGGGUAGCAUAUCAAAUCUGUGACCGGCAAUGCACUUAAGACACAAAGCAUGUAGUUGGUGCUGCACAAGAAAAAAACUGUACCAAAGUGUUGGAUCUACAAAAGAUAAUGAACAAAUAAUCAACAUUCCCAUGAAAGACAUUCCGUCUAACAUCUUGAGACAUACUAGCACUUUGCCAUACUCUUAUUUUAUUAACAAGGAGUUGACUUGCACAGCAUUAUCAAUAAUAUUUUGACUGAACAGUACUUAAUACCAUGAAUCAACAGUGGGCUGAAUAGGGAAUGAAGGGGAAAAAAAAAGGACUGUAUUCAGACUUGCAGACAACCAAGUCAAAGUGGUUUGGAAACCAUGAUUGGGAAAAUUUCAGAAAAAGAUUACUGUGUGACAAUGACUAUAUCAUGCUUGGAGUAAAAGAUCAACUUCGGGCUGUGUGGGUUUAUAGAACACUGGAGUGGUAUUUUAAUGCAUAAGUUUGUUUUGAUUGUGCAGCAAUACAUAAGGAGCAAUCUAUAAGAUGCCGACACUACUUUAUUUAAGAAUUUCAGUUUCCAUAUUUAGUGGAUUAAAUAUAUUACACUAACAAAAUGACUUUUGAAAGUUACUGUCUUAGUGAAGUACCACCUCCUAAUGUUGUCUUCAAAACUUUUUGGCAGAAUAUUUGAAGUGCCUUUGUAUUUUGUUUACAUUAUCUCAACAUCCAUUACCAACAACUGUCUUUUUAAUGCAAUUUUAACUCAAAUCCCAAGUAUAUAUAGAAUCUUGCUAGUUUCAACAAAGAAGAAAUGAAUGGUGUGGCAACGUUUGAAAUUAACCACUUUACUUAAGAGGAGAAUCCUAUUGAAAAUUUGAAUGUAACAACAAUAGUCUUAAUGUUUUGCUCUGAUCCCUUCUUAUUGUUUAUUAAACAAUAUCCCCAUUUGUCUGUUGUCUGAAAAAAACUUGAGAAAUUAUUUUUGCUUUAUUACUUUUUAUUUUAUUGUUUGUAAUAUGCCUGCUGUACAUAGAUAAUAUUUUAUACAUGAAUGGCAGUGUUUGCUUUUACCAAGCACAACAGUUAAUUCAGAUAUUUUACAUAAUUGAAGCAAAGUAUAUAAACAGUUAUUCAAAGUUUAUAAACAGAGUACUUUGGAAACAUUUACUGGUAGCAUUUCAUCACAUCAUAAGUUCUACUGAAAAAUUACAUCACUGGGAUUUCUGGUACAAAACAUAAACCAGUAAUUCAAACUUAUCAGAUCCCAUUACUUUUUAUGGCUUAGUAGUAGACUGUACACAUUUUCAUAUUAACAACAUGUUCUAAGCAUCUUUAAGAUAAAAAAAAAGUGUGUCAAAACUGUUUUCCAGUUUUUGUAGACUCUCUGAUAUGGUUGGGAAAUAUAACAGUUAUUAAAUAUGAACAAGAAAAAGUCCAGGGAAUGGGAGGAAAAGAUGUUAAUAUUUAGACUGUAUCAUAUUUCUUAUGUAAAUUAUUUAUGUUGCCUUUCUUUGUUGUUGUUUGUAAGAAACGGUGCCUUCUCUUUUUUGCCAAAGAUUGUAAAUAAUUAUUUAUUUGUUUGCAGUGACGAAAUUUCACAAUCGAAUACAAUAAUUUAGCCAGAUUCUUUCACUUUUAUACUUCAGGACCAAAGCUAGGAUAAUAAACUUUAAAAAGGUUAAAGAAUUGUUUCUCUUACUUACACCUUUUAGCAAACACUCCUGGCUAGAUAUACUUCUGAGAGCAUUUUAAAUGAAUAUCAACAGUUUUUCUUUCAGAUGCACAGCUCGAAGGUAUAGUAUGGAAAUUACUACAAAAACAGCUAUUUUUAAUAAGGCUAUAUUUCCAGGAGAUUACAGAAGCAUAUUGUAUAUCCCACAUUUGGUGACUGAUUGGGUUUUAAUAGCCAGCAGGUGGCCCUACAUAAAGAUAUCAUCACACACUGCACCUUGUUUUCUGUUGUUUAUGUUUUAACUAUUUGCCCUGAAAUGUAGUUCAUCUAACGUAGAAAAAGUAUAACAAUAAAAGUUCUCUGACUUAAUUAUACCUUUAGAACAAUAUGCCCUUAUUUCAUCUGAACAAAUUAAACAGACAAUUUUUUGUUGCUGAACAGUCACAGGAAAUUCGGUUUGAUUACUCUGGUUUUUCAUACUUUGUACAAUACUAAGACAAUACAUAUUACAAGCCUGGUAAUAACGAAUAUCUUACUUUUAGAAACAGUGGUUAUUAUGAGUUGUGAAAAUGUCUGCAUGUAUGUUUGUACACUUGCCAUCUCACCUUUUUUAGUUCAAUGGUUCAUAGAUUUGUACUAGGCUAACUGCCCUUGUGGGCCAUUUUAAGCCUAGCCAAUUAACCCAUUUGAGAACUAAGCCUGCACCUUGUGUCUAUCUAGCUGGUUUCACUGCUGUAAAGUCUGAUACUUUUAGGAAACAUAGCCAUGGAUGAAAAGUCUGCCAGAAUUGUGGAAUAAAUCAAAGAUACAUGAUAUUAUUGAUCAGAUUUCACUGAAUGUAUUACAACAAGUUUUGGAAAAAAAAAUAAAUAAGAGUUAUAUAGAAAACCCUGCUGUCAGUAAAGAGCAGGAAAAAAUUCUUAUGAUAACCUGGAAAGAAUGCAUGCAAUGUACACAGAGAGACUACUACAGCAAAAUAUAUGUGCAAAGUAAAAUAACAGACAUGGACAGUGCAAGUUCUUCUUUGACUUGGAAGAACACUAGGGUAAUUAAAAACUGUCAUUGAGAGAAAAAAUAACAUAAGGGAUUCUCAAAAGACCCCCUUUCUUUUUGGAGGCUAUUGUCAAAAGUCAGGCAGCUAUUACUUCUCAGUAACUGGAACUCUUCAGAAAACAGCUGCCAAUCUUAUAUCCUUCAUAUCCUUAAAGACAGCUGCCUAGAAAUUCUAAGAGUAAUAACUCAUAUCUGACACACACACACACACACACACACACACACACACACACACACACACACACACACACACACACACACACACACACACACACACACACACACACACACACACACACACACACACACAGAGCCUCUGCUUAUGCAUUGUUAUAAUUAUAUAAGUGAAAGGGUAAUAUUAGCUCUCAUUUGACUAAAAAACAUUUUUGAAAAUGUACAGUCUUCAAAAUGAAGAUUUUUUCCAUAUGAGGUUAACAGAAGAUUGACAAUGAAUAAAGUGGUAGAUAUGGUCAUUUUUCAGUUAUUUUGCCAUGUAAAUAAAUAUGAAUGAGCACCAUUAGAAACAAAGAUAUGGAAUAACAUGCAAUAUUAAGGAAGAUUAACCCAACUAAAAUGUUAUUUUCACUUCUUAGAAAAUUUGUCCUUGUAGAACUACAUGACUACCACUACAUGACUACCACAAGUACUGAAUUCUGGAAAUCUGACAAGUGAUUCAGUGAAGACUAGUUUAACAUCAAAUGUUUACUGAUUACUUCAUUUUGUUAACAGAUUGAAUGGUUGAAACAAAAGUCAGCAAAGAUUACCAAACAAAUUUUUCUUCCGGCACAAACCUCACCCCAUCUCAAGGAAGAAUUCCCUCACAUCCUAAUGUUCUUCCAAGUUUACCAUUAUCUCAAACACAGGAACAAUAGCACAUGCGGCAACAUCUUUACCUGUCCAAUUUCUCUGUGUAUGGCGUAUGCUAUCAGUAUUUUUCAGUGACCUGGUCUUCAAUGAAAUGAUCACUGAAGAAUUGCUGUGCGACCAAAAAAUGAUAUCACAUAUCAUUAUUAAAGCAGUUUUCCCACAGUACUGUAAUACAACCACCUACUUGUUCACUUUUACAAAGGAGCUAUGAGUGUGGAAUAAUUGAUUUCCUGCAACAAACUAUUGCUUUAUUAUGUUCUAUUGUUCUGUCAUUUGCAUUAAUAUGUUUAUAUUGAAUAUCUUUGCAUCUUUCUUCAUAUGACUCUUCUUGCAAAUUUUGGACCAUUUUACUGUUACAAUCUGGACUAAUGUAACCAUUUGUUAUUACUGAGAGGUGGUCUGUAUAACUGUGCAUAUUACCCCAGGCAGGGGUUUAAACAUCUGUCUGUACUGCUGAGAUAUGAGAAUGCUGCACAUCUGCAUUUAAUCUCUGUUGUCAUGUUUCUGUCUGUAAUCACAUUACAUUGCAUACACAGUUGCUGUGUCAGAAAAAAAAUGUUGUUUGUCUUCUCUGUCUUGUUAUGUAGGAAGUCACUUCCGUUUGCUACCAGUAAUAAACAUACCAAAUGUUAUGGAAGCUUAACUCAUGUAAAAUUAUAAUUGUUAUGCUUCUUGAAAAAAAAAAUGUCAGCCCUAUCUUCUCAUUUUAUAGCUCAGCUGUGAGUCUGACCAAGGUGAAGUGCCAUAAACUACAAUAUGUAAUACAUGUUUAUAUGAAUUCUGAAGAACAUGGCUACAGCACCAUUUUUGUUAAAGAAGUUACAAAUGUUUUCCUGAGAAUAUACCCAGCAUUCAUUUCUAGCCUUUUAUCUGGCAUACACGUGCAUAUAGACUGAUUGUGUUACUUGUUACAUUGUACAGGUCUAGCUCAUCAUGUGCAGUAUAUUUAUCCUUUGUAAAGCAAUAUAGUGCAAUAUAGUGAAUAUUCUGUCCUCUUAUUUCCAUGCACUUGCUGAAUUCAAUUAAAUUUCAUUUUGCAUUA